AAUCUCUCUGUCUUUCUCUCUCUCUCUCUCUCUCUCUCUCUCUCUCUUGCUCUUCCACCCCCAUUGAUGAGAAAGAGAGUGGGAAAAGAGUAGAAGGUGAUGGAGCAGACGGGGAAGGAAGCGACAAGGGAAGCAUCAGAACAGGUAUCAAAUGAAUUCAAAACACUGGUCGAUGCUCAGGACUUGGAUUCACUCAAACAAUUGCAGCACCUCAUAUUGGGGAGAUUGCAAGAUGGCAAUGCAGUCCUGUCACAUUUUAAUGAGUUUUCAGAGAACUGCUUUGCUGAGGUUGCUGGAGAUUUCUCUAGACACACACGCCUAUUAAGGUCUAUGAAGUCUGAUCUUGAAUACAUAUUUCAGAAGUUGAGGAGCAUGAAGUCGAGAAUUUUGGCUACCUAUCCAGAUGCAUUUUCCGAUGACUCAAAACAAGAAAUACUCGACCAGAGACCAGACCUUGAAAUGCCGCGUUAGCACUGAGACUACGUCACGGUUCGAUAAUGGAAGUGUUCCGAGAUUAAGCGUGUCAGCAGCCGAUGUGUUAGAUCUCCAGAAAUUAUAUUUCCAUUUGUUCUAGCUUACAGACUACAGAGCUUUUUAUUUUAUUUUUUCCCGACAAGUGUAUGGAAAUAUGCAUAUAGUCACAAACGUCUAAUUUCGACCUUG